UGAAUGUAGUAUUCAUCGUCAGCUCAAUGAGUUUAUCAGCAACAACAAAAUGGCAGUCCAGUUAUCUGAGGAAUGAGGUUAUGGCGAAACGCGGAUACUUCCUCGGUGAGAAGCUCGGCUCAGGAAGUUACUCCAAAGUUCGUUUCGCCUUCAUCAAAGAAUCCCUCCACAAGGUAGCUAUAAAGAUCAUAGACAGACGCCGUGCACCGUCUGACUACCAACGGUCAUUCCUACCCCGGGAGCUGGAGAUCAUAAAGACCCUCAAGCAUCCCAACAUCAUCCAAACCCACGACUGGUUUGAAGAGAGCGAGAAGAUAUACCAGAUCAUUGAGUUAGCUGAGUGUGGUGAUGUCUUGGAGUAUGUCAGAACCAAAUCCAGAGGUUCCGUGGGUGAGACCCUCACCAGGCGAUGGGUGCUACAGACCGCCCGGGCAAUCGCUUACAUGCACGGUCAAGGUGUGGCUCAUCGCGACGUGAAGUGCGAGAACCUGUUGCUGGAUUCUCGUAAGAACAUCAAGCUGAGUGAUUUCGGUUUCGUCCGUCGGGUUGGGAUGGGUGAGCUAAGCCGGACCUUCUGCGGGUCGGCGGCGUACGCGGCACCGGAGAUCAUCCGCUCUUUCUCGUACAAUCCGUACAUGAGUGAUGUAUGGGCACUCGGUGUUGUAGCGUUUAUCCUUGCGACUGGGUACAUGCCGUUCGGUGACGAUGUCCGUAACGUUGCUAAGAUUCUGGAGUCUCAGCAGAGAGGGCUAAGGUUUCCUGGCCACUCCAGGGUACAUCUGAGCGAGGAAUGCAAGGGGUUGAUUAAAGCUAUGCUGACCCUUGAUGUUAGCCUGAGAAAGAGUAUCCAGUGCAUUGUGGUGCAUCCUUGGUUUACAAGCCUCAUUACAACAUCAACAACUCAGUGA